GUGCGGGAGGGAGCAGCAGUGUUGGAAGAAGGUGCUGGGAUAUAACCAUGGAAACGGCAAGCCUGCACAGAGCUGCCUCUGUCUGGUGCCCUUUGCUGUCCGCACCCGCUGUCUGCCGGCGUGGUUCUGACGUGGCAGUCAUCUGCUUCGGGGACAAAGGAGCGCUUCAUCCUCCUGCGCUUCUUUCCACAGGGCCACUUAAACACUGCUGUAGAAAUUCUGCGCCUGACUUCCACUUGGGAUGUGGAAGUCCACUUCCACUUUCUUAAAAGGCUCAACUCAGGUACUUAUAUUUGCAUUCCCUGAGAGAACUGCAGCAGCUGAAGGUGUUGCUGUUCCCAGCUGUCAGCCUGCCUUGCCUCAGGGUCUGCCUGUCCCUGGGUUGAUCCAGCUGAAAUGCUGCAGCCUGAACAGAGCUGCUCCCACUGCCCUUCCCGAGAUGUUCCUGGAGGGACUGGUAAUUUACUGGUGAAUGAGUGAGGAUGGAAACACGUCAGCUGCCAAAGAUAGAGGUGGUGGAGAUUUCUGCAGCUUUAGGGAUUAGAGCCCUAAUGUAGGUGCUGUAAUGUCAAUACAAGUUACCUGCUGUGCCCAUAUAACGGUUUUAAUCAGUUUGUAACUGAGAAUUAAGGAAUCAGUGCUGGCAACACGAGUUAAUGAAGUCUUGUGGCAAUGAAUGGGAGUUGCUCUGCAUCACAUUUUUGUGUCAGAGGUGCUUGAGCUGUGGUGAGACCUUCAAUAGCUGUGUUGCAUAAGCCAGCCUGAGCAGCUUCUUUUCCUGCAGUCCUUCCUCUGUCAUGUUUCUUGGGGACAACCAAAUUAGGGAACUGAUCCAGCAGAAAUGCAAAACUAUUUGAAAAAACCAAAAAAGUCGUGAGAUUCCGAUCAGCUCAAUUGACCGGGUUUGCUGCCUGGGCGUUCAGACAGCAGCAGGAGCUGUGUCAGCACUCUGGGAAGAGAACAAGCAGCCAGUGCUACUUCAGUUGCUGCUGCUAACAACAGCAACAACAAAAAAGGCAAACCAGAACUCAUUUUAUCUGCUCGGCAUCUCCAUCAGUUCUGAGGUUACAGGUGGUUUUGUGUUCUGAUGACCUAUGACCAUAUAGAAAUUACCUUCAGUGAUCUGGAGCCGAUGCCAGAGGCCUUCAAGGGGACCAAGAAAGGGAGUGUUUUCCUGACUCCCUACCGGGUUAUCUUUGUGUCUAAGGGGAAGGAUGCUAUGCAGUCAUUUGUGAUGCCCUUUUACUUGUUGAAGGAUUGUGAGAUUAAGCAGCCAGUGUUUGGAGCAAAUUACAUCAAGGGCACAGUGAAAGCAGAGGCAGGAGGUGGCUGGGAAGGAUCUGCCACAUUCAAGAUGAGCUUUUCAGCUGGGGGUGCAAUUGAAUUUGGGCAGCGGAUGCUGCAGGUGGCAUCACAAGUCUCCAGAGGUGAAAUACCCAGUGGAGCUUAUGGCUAUUCCUACAUGCCAAAUGGAUCCUAUGCUUUUGCACCACCUGCAGCUAAUGGGGGCUAUCCAUACCCACCUCCUCCUCCAGAUUUUUAUCCUGGUCCUCCUGCAGCAGAUGGAAACAUGGGCUACAUGCAGCUUCCACCCCCACCAUACCCAGGGCCCAUGGAACCCCCUGUCAGUGGCCCUGACCUGCCCUCCACUCCUGCAGCUGAAGCCAAGGCUGCUGAAGCUGCUGCCAGUGCUUACUACAGCCCAGGCAACCCCCACAAUGUCUACAUGCCCACGGUGAGUCCCUGCUGCUCUGGGCUUGCAGGGGAGCCCAGGUGUGUGUGCACAUCUUCUCUUAGUGGCACAGCAAAGUUGGUCUGAACUGAUGUUGGUGUCUUGGGUUUUUUGGGGGCUUUGAGUUUAUUCUUAGCCAUGCACUGAUGUCCUUUUGUCAUCUUUAUUGCAGGACCAGCCACCCCCUCCUCCAUACUUCCCACCAGAGGACAAGAAAAACCAAUAAGCUGACACAGAACUUCUCCACGACCCAUUGCUUUCUUUUUUUCCGUUUUGGCAGAAUUCUGGGGCACUGUCCAUAGCACUGAGGAGUAGAGCCUUCCCCCAAGGCACACUGCUUUCAGAGGCUCUAGGAGUAGGUCUGUGCAGAGCAAGGGGAGGGAUUUUGGCAGCCUGGAUCACCUGUGGAGCUCUGAGGGUUUGCUGUCCUGCAGCAUUCCCUCCUCCCCGUGCACAGCAUCGCUACACCUGGGGGUUCUCUUCACCUGUGACUGCUUCCCUUAGCUCUGUUUCUUUUGAUACUUAAAUUAUACCUCAUUAGAGUCAGCAUCUGCUCUAAGUUAACAUGAUCAUGACAUGGAAACAAGGCUCUUGGGGGUGGGAGGUGUCUUGAAUUUACCUUAGUGUGCAUCCAAGAGCACCUCUGGACACAGGGAUACCUCUGGUUAUUCUUUUUAAUCCGGAGUGUCACAUCCAACUCUUUGUUCUUGAGAAAGGACUUAAAAGGCAACCUUUGGGAUCUCAAAGGAAAUACACACCUGUGACAUUUUUCAGAUGCAUAUUCAACUUCCUUGGGUUUCUUUUUUUUAAUCUUUUUUUUUUUUUUUAAUCUAAGUCAUUCCUGACAAUCAUAGCAAAUAAUCUCGUAGCCCUUCAAAUUUCCCUGCUGCUCUCCAUGUAUGACAAUGCUGACCAACUUCCCUUCCUCAGACAUGCUGCUCUUCACAGGGCUCUCCAGUAGUAUCUGACCAGUUUAGAUCCCAUGGGAACACUAAUCUUUCUGCAAUCUCUAUUUUCCAGUUAGAUAUGUGAGUUUACUAAGUCCUGAACAUUCUCCUCAUAGUCUGUAAUGCACUUUUGUUUUUCCUUUGUUGUAACACAAGUUACACUUUUCGGCCAGUGAAGCAUCUUCCUGCUGUGAUUUUCCUGGUGAAUUAACAGCUGAUGGGCAGAAAGCAGCUGCUUUACUUCUGCCCUGGAAGCACUUGAGAGAAUAUGCAAAACAUUGGAAUAAGCUGUAAGGUACAAAAUAUUAUUUAUUGCUGUUUGUGUUCCUGGUCCAGCUGUGAAUUCCCAGUCACCCAAACGUGGACUCCUCAUAGCAUUGAUUCCUUGGUCUCUUUAGCAACAACUCCAGUGCAGAACCUCUGCAGGACUGAUCAGAAUCUGGGCUGGGAAACUUUUUGUGUUGUACAAAGCUUUGCACAAGUCACACUUCACUGACUUCUGACAGCUAAGAGAGAAAAUCCUUCCCUGCAAAGUGUGACAGAAGAUCCUGUGCUAGGGAACUGCUGAGAUUUGCUGCAUGCAGCCUGCUCGAGAGAAAAAAGGUCCACCUCUUGUUUUCUUUUUUCUUUGAAUUCAGCUGAUUAAUGAAAUUGCUACUGUUUGUGCACUGACUUUUCUAGAAUUGCUACUGCGGUGAUGUAAAGAAAUGGUUAUUUAAAAAAAAUAUUUAUUUUGAAAGCAUUUGAUUAAUAUAUUAAUGUGAAAUGACUUUUGAAUGCAGAUUUGUUUUGCCAAGACUGUGAAGUAAAGAGAAAUCAGCUCAAAAA